UCAAAAGUUAGAAAAGGUAUCUUCUUCCUGUUGUCCAGAUUAACGUUCGACACGUAGUUGUUAAUCGGUAUUUACCCAUUCUUCUUGGUCUGGCUCUCUCAAAUGGUUAACGUGGUAUUUCUGCAUCCUGACUUGGGCAUAGGUGGUGCCGAGAGAGCCGUAAUUGACGCUGCUCUAGCUUUGCAAUCGCAUGGACAUAGCGUUCAGUUUGUGACUGCUCACCAUGACGCAACACACUGCUUUCAAGAGACUAAAGAUGGCACUGUGAAUGUCACCUGUGCAGGGGACUGGCUACCCCGCAGUGUAUUAGGAAGAUGCCAUGCCCUCUGUGCCUAUCUGAGAAUGAUGUAUGCCGCUCUUUAUCUAGUAUUUUUCAGUACGUUUCAAUUUGACCUAGUUUUCUGCGAUCAGAUAUCGGCUUGCAUCCCAGUUUUGAGGCUGUCUAAUGCAAAAGUACUUUUUUAUUGCCAUUUUCCUGACAUGCUGCUAACAAAAAGAAACAGUUUUCUGAAAAAGCUUUAUCGAGCUCCUAUUGAUUGGCUGGAAGAAAAAACUACUGGAAUGGCCGAUUGUGUAUUGGUCAACAGCAAAUUCACAGCUGGAAUUUUCCAUGAUGCAUUCUCAUCACUGACCGACAUGCAACCCAAAGUGCUUUAUCCGAUUCCGAAUUUUACAUCAUUUAAUCAGCGUGUGGAACCACCAACAGAAAAGCUGAUGCCCCUAAACAAAGAACUUGUCUUUCUUUCAAUAAAUCGAUAUGAGAGAAAGAAAAAUCUUGCUCUUGCUCUUGAAGCCUUUGGGAGACUUAAAGAAAACUUCCCAGACCUGAAAUAUAUUCAUCUUAUUAUUGCAGGUGGCUACGAUAGUCGAGUGAAAGAAAAUGUUGACCAUUACCUUGAACUGAAGCAGAUUGCUGCCAAACUAAAUCUUGGUGAAGAUGCCACAUUUCUGAAAUCUUUUACCGAUUCUGAAAAGAAAACAUUGCUGAAGUAUUCAUCAUGCCUUCUUUACACCCCAGAAAAUGAACAUUUCGGAAUCGUCCCUAUAGAAGCAAUGUACAUGAAGUGUCCAGUGAUAGCUAGUAACAGUGGUGGACCUUUGGAGACCAUUGUUGAUAGAAAGACAGGAUUUUUGUGUGAUCCCACUCCAGCAGGUUUCUCAGAGUGCAUGGAAAAGUUUAUUGUUGAUAGAAACCUUCGUGAGAGAAUUGGCUCUGCUGGUAGAGAACAUGUACUCGACAGAUUUUCAUUCAAAGAGUUUUCCAACACAUUACAUAACAUUGUUACACAGCUGGUUGGGUAAUUACAUCUUGGGAAAAUAUGCAAAUAAAUGUAAUGUUACUGGUGUACAUUUGCUAAUUAAUGAAAAUAAAUCACAUGUAAAAAUG